CAAAAUAAUUUGAGAAUUGACUCCUUAACCUCCUCUUGUUACUUUUUUUCUUCUUCCUUUUUUGUCUCCUCAGAUCUAAUCUUUCUCGGGAAUUUUUAGGGGCGGCGAAAUCGGUUCGGCAAAUCUGCGACGAAAUUGGAAAUAAACAGCCGGUCUGAUCCAAGAAUCCGAAAUGGAUGAUUUUCCAGAUUUAUUUGCGAAAGAUUUUGGGAUCAAACCCCAAGGUAAAUCAGCCCCUAUGGCGCCUCCUUGGAACUCUUCUUCCGGUCCGAAUUACGGGUACCGAUCCGAUUAUACCCGAUCUUCAUCCACAAACACUAAAUCGUCAUCCAAUCCAAUUUUCGACGAUCAGGAUCGCGACGGACUCUCGUUCAAUGAUGUCUACGGAGGACCCCCCAAGUACUCAUCCGAAUCUCGAGCCUCAACCGUGCAGAACUCGUCGUUCGAUUAUGACUCCUUGUUUAAGGAGACAAAGGCGCCGGUUUACGAUAAGCCUGUUUACGAUGACGAUCUUUUCGAUGGAUUGCCUGGGAUCAAGAGCUCUUCCACGACAUCGGCUGCUAAGUUUGAUGACGUAUUUUCGGUCCCGGUAUCUCCACCUCCUCCCAAGCAUAAGUCGGCGAGCAGCUCGCCGUUGGAUGACCUGCUUGGGAAUCUAGGGAGGAAAGAGACGGAGACGAAGGUUAAUAGCGAGAGAGUGAAAGCUGAGAAAGAGGCGCCUUUAUUUGAUGAUUUGCUUCCUGGUUUUGGCCGGAGUAGCUCUCCUGCACCCGUGAGGUCAAAUUCAGAGGCUGGUCAGUCCCAGAACCCAGUCUCAAAUUCAAGUAAGACUGGGUCCAAUUUGAUGGAGGACCCUUUUGUUGUCUUAGGAUCAACAUCAGACCCUGCACAUUCAUCCUCUGGGUUGUUUACAGACCCCUCUGAAGUAAUAAGUAAACUUAACGGAUCUGGGAAGUCAAGAGUGGAGAGUUCAUCUGGUAGUGGGGGUGUGUUUGAUGAUUUAGAUCCUCUUGAUGGUAUUGGAAAAUCUGUACCUUUUGUUUCAUCUGAGGUUAAUAAGAGGGGGAAGGAUAUGAGCCCUUUAAGAACUUCAAGUGGACCACAAACUUCAGCUAGUAAAGAACCAAAUGAUGAAGAGUUUGAGCACUACACAAAAAAGAGGAUGCCUUCUAUGGGAGAUUUUCCAGCAUCUCAUCAACCUGUGUUUGACAUGCCCAGUAUGUCAACUAAUUUUAAUAGUUCUGGUGGUCGAGCUACUAGUCCUCCUGCAUACUCGAAUGUUGGUUCUAAUGAUACUAGUUCCCAGGUAAAUACAACUCCAAGAUCUGAGAACUUCGACACAUUUGAUGAUGUGUGGCUGACUGUAUCAGAGAUUCCCCUCUUUACACAACCUACUAGUGCUCCUCCCCCUUCAAGACCACCGCCUCCAAGGCCACCACGAGCUUCAAAGCCAAUGCCAGGCUCAUCUUCUUCCACAAAUGCUAAAAAGAAGGUUAAUGAUUUUUCUUCUUUCCCAAAUUCCUCUCAGUACUCACACAGCUCUCAGUCAGCUUAUACUGCAGCAAGCAGCAAUGUUACAUCUCAAAUUGAUGAACUUGAAGAUUUUGCAAUGGGUAAGGCCCAGAAUAACUUCGAACAGGCUGAAGUUUUUCCAGGUGAUGAUUUUGAGACCAGUUCUGUUGCUGCUGCUUCUGCUGCUGCCAUGAAAGAGGCAAUGGAUAGAGCAGAGGCUAAAUUUAGGCAUGCUAAGGAAAUGAGGGAGAGAGGGAAUGCUAGAAAUAAAGAAGCUGGUCAAAUGGAUAAAGAUGAGAGAGCUACGCAAGAUGCUUUGGAUAGAGAAGUUAUAGAAAAGCAAGAGAGGUUGGAGCGUGAGAGGCAACAAAGGGAAAUAGAGGAAGAAGAGAGAGAGCAAAGGAGACGUGAACUGGAGAGGGAAAAGGAAGAGGAGGAGAGAACACAAAGAAGGCUCGAGAAAGAGAGGGAACGUGUUAGGCAGAUGGAGAGGGAAAAGGAAAGGGGCAGACAAGCUGUUGAACGGGCUACUAGAGAAGCACGUGAAAGAGCAGCAGCUGAAGCUCGUACUAGAGCUGAAAGGGCAGCUGUUGAAAAGGCAUCAACUGAAGCUCGACAACGUGCAGAAAGAGCUGCUGUACAGAGAGCACAAACUGAAGCCCGUGAAAGGGCAGCAGCUGAGGCUAGAGAAAGAGCAGAAAGAGCUGCUGCAGAAACAAGAGAGAGGGAAGCACGGUCAAGGGAUGCAGCAGCAAAAGCUGAAGCUGAAGCAAGGAGUAAAGCUGAAAGAGCUGCUGCUGAGGCUCGAGAAAGAGCAGCUGCUACUGCAAGGGCAAACCAGCAAAAGAAUGAUGAUGAUCUCGAAUCAUUCUUUAUGGGUUCUCGACCCAGCAGUGCACCAAGGCCAGGAGCUAACUCAUCGGAUCCCCUGUUUGAUGGACAAAGCAAGGGAGGGCCUGAAGUAGCAUCUAGCAUGAGGAAAGCUUCUUCAACUGCAAACGUUGUUGAUGAUCUCAGUUCUAUUUUUGGAGCUGCUGCAUCUUCAUCUGGAGAAUUCCAAGAGGUCAAUGGGGAAACUGAAGAAAGGAGAAGAGCCAGGUUGGAACGCCACCAAAGAACUCAGGAGCGUACGGUCAAAGCAUUGGCGGAGAAAAAUCAGCGUGACCUUCAAGUGCAAAGGGAACAAGCUGAGAGACUCAGGAUUGCUGAAACACUAGACGUUGAGAUCAAGAGAUGGUCUGCUGGGAAAGAGGGAAAUUUGCGUGCUCUGCUGUCAACACUGCAAUAUGUUCUUUGGCCUGAAUGUGGCUGGCAGCCUGUUUCUUUGACAGAUUUAAUAACAGCUGCCGCAGUUAAAAAGGCUUACAGAAAGGCGACUCUUUGCAUCCAUCCUGAUAAAGUCCAGCAAAAAGGCGCCAAUCUUCAGCAGAAAUAUGUUGCAGAGAAGGUCUUUGACUUGCUCAAGGAAGCAUGGAACAAGUUCAAUUCGGAGGAGCUUUUCUGAGUUUCAAAUCGCCGACUUUGUAGCUAAAGAAAUUUGUCAUUUGGCAAAGUAGGCAUUGAGUUUGAGUGAAUACACGACUGCCAAGCUGCUAUAAUUCUCUCAGAUGCUGCUGCCUGCCUGCUUCGGUUUGAUGAUUCAUUAAGUCAACUAUUAAAGAAUGGCAUACGAAGCCUGCUUCAAAGGCUUGUAAGGUGUACCGUAUGGAAGGGUGAAGUACAUAAAACUCUUCUUUUCUUCAGGUUGCUGUACAUUAAAUCUUCAUCCAGGUACUUCGCAUGCAAAAAUAUGGAAUCUCCAGGUUAAGUGUAGAUUAUAUAAUUCACCGAAUUGGGCAGUUGUGUUGUCGAGGGGAUAUUUUUGUUAAUUCAUUUUUAAUGUUUGUUUUGUUUGUGUUUUUUGUUCCCCCCAUUUCCCCUACUUUUCUGUGGAAAAUAGUGUUCUUUUGAUAUCAGAAGAAUAGUAGGAAAUAUGUAUUGAUUGUUGAGAGAUGGGUACUCCGAGGUGGGUAAUUCAUAUAAAUAUCAUUUGUUUCUUCCGUGCCA